AUGACCUCAAAUAAACCAGUAGUUGUACCAACCCACCUAAUCCUCGUCUGCUGCCACGCCAUCUACCUCGGCGGUCCAACCCACGGCAUCUCAGAAUCAGAAUGGCUCAUAGCGCCCUUCCAGACCAACGAAACACCAACCUUCACCUCCCACAUCACAACCGCGCUGGCCCUCCUCUCAUCCACCCCGUCCGCGCUCCUCGUCCUCUCAGGCUCGAGCACGCGGGCUGAAACGAGGAAGUCUGAGGCGAGGUCUUAUCUGGAUCUGUGUGUCGAUAAUGGGUUUUGGGGACUAGAUGGAGAUGGGGAUUUGAGGGGGAGAAUAUUGCUUGAGGAGCAGGCUUUGGAUAGUUUUGCGAAUCUGGUUUUUGGCGUGCUGUGUUUUUGGAUGGAGGUGGGGAAGUGGCCGGAGAUGGUUACAGUUGUUAGUCAUGCGUUUAAGGAGGCGAGGUUUUUGGAGUUGCAUGUGCCGGCUAUGAGGUGGCCGAGGGAGAGGGUGCGAGCGGUGUGCGAGUGUGAGGAGGGGAGAGAAGGAGAGGGGGUUUGGGGAAUGGGAGAAGGAUCUGAUGGGGACGGGGGAAAAGCUUAG